GCCAUUGGUAGCUGGGGAAGCUACCACAGGAGCAGUUAUCUGCAGCCCGCCAGAAUUACUGUGCUUUUAGGCUCUCCGGGUGCAGAUAUCAGCCUUGGCCUUUGCACUGAAGAGACAUCAGCAUUUGUGAUUAGACAGGCUGGGGAGUGUGUGUGUGUGUGUGUGUGUGUGUGUGUGUGUGUGUGUAUUACAGGAGAUGUCGUGCCACGCUUCCGAAUAUGAGGGUCCUUUCAGCCGAGUGUCCCGAGUGUGGACCCUGACUGCACCAGCCCCAUUUGCAGAUGAAUCCAGCUGCCAGUGCCAAGCACCUCAUGAAAAACUGACCAUUGCCCAGGCCCGCUUAGGAACACCAGUUGACAGGCCUGUUAGAGUGUAUGCAGAUGGAAUAUUUGACCUCUUCCACUCAGGUCAUGCAAGGGCACUUAUGCAAGCAAAAACACUGUUUCCCAACAGCUACUUGUUGGUAGGAGUUUGCAGCGAUGACCUGACUCACAAAUUCAAAGGUUUUACUGUGAUGAAUGAGGCAGAGAGAUAUGAAGCUCUCAGACACUGCCGCUACGUGGACGAAGUCAUCAGAGAUGCACCAUGGACUCUCACGCCAGAGUUCCUGGAAAAACACAAGAUUGACUUUGUGGCUCAUGAUGACAUUCCAUAUUCCUCCGCUGGCUCUGAUGAUGUUUAUAAGCAUAUAAAGGAAGCAGGCAUGUUUGUUCCAACACAAAGAACAGAAGGCAUCUCAACAUCAGACAUCAUCACCAGAAUUGUCCGUGACUAUGACGUGUAUGCCCGGCGCAAUCUCCAGAGAGGAUACACAGCUAAGGAACUCAACGUCAGCUUUAUAAAUGAGAAGAAGUACCGUUUCCAGAACCAAGUGGACAAGAUGAAAGAAAAGGUCAAGAAUGUGGAGGAAAGAUCAAAGGAAUUUGUUAACAGAGUAGAAGAAAAAAGUCACGACCUAAUUCAAAAAUGGGAAGAAAAAUCAAGAGAAUUCAUCGGCAACUUCCUGGAACUAUUUGGGCCAGAUGGUGCAUGGAAGCAGAUGUUCCAGGAGAGGAGUAGCCGGAUGCUACAGGCCUUAUCUCCGAAGCAGAGUCCUGUGAGCAGCCCAACCCGGAGCCGGUCCCCUUCCCGCUCCCCAUCCCCCACCUUCUCAUGGCUCCCAAACAAGAGCUCUCCCCCCUCCUCACCCAAAGCAGCCUCAGCCUCCAUCAGCAGCAUGAGUGAGGGGGAUGAGGAUGAGAAGUAAAGGUGCCUGGCCAACAAGAGCCACACCACACAGGAUAGGAGGGGGUCCCGGGAUGCCUGGGUGGUGGUAAGAGCUGCAGCUCAGCGGGGAGAUGGGAGUUCUGCCAUGGGAAGGUACUGGGGCCAGCUCCUUUUCCUUCUCUGGACAGCCUGGCCGGGGCUCAGCAUGGAGGUUCCCAACCUGAAAGCCCAUACAAACCUUCUUAGCCUCAUAGAAUCAGCCCACUUUAGCCCUGCUAUGGAAAGGUGCAGAGCACUCCAUGAAGUGGGGUGGGUUCUGCGUUGGUCCACAUGUCCAUCCAUAUCAAAUAAGCCACCGCAGAAGUGGCUGCUGCCUCACCCUGCUCUCUCCAGCCCUCUAAGAGCCUUGCACGUUGCCUCCUAUCUCCCAUGCUCUCCCAGAAUGAAUACCCUUCCAACUGACGUGGCUAAGUACUUCCGAAAUGGGCAAGUGAAAGACAGUCCUGCCUUUCAGUUAAGCCACUAAGGCCUGAUGAUGCAAUUGUCAACUCUUUCCCGUUCCAGGACCAUGACUCAGACCCAGCUUUGCUUUGUCCAGAUAGAAAAAUGUGAACCUUAACUUCUCAUUCAAAGGACAGUUUUGUCAAGGUGAACUCUACCUAAGGCCUGACAUGCUUCUGGCUGUACUUUUCAUCACUGGCAUGAUGACACCGUUUUUCCAGAAAUUACCCGAAUCGAUGGGACUCACAAGGAAACCUGUCUUGUCUAAACAGAAAUAACCAAACCAACCAGGAGCUGCUUUGCUUUGGCUCCAUGUAUGGAGGAUAAAAAUAUCUCUUGGAGCUUCUUAAAGGAAUGGCUCUUUCCAUUUCUGACCACUUCACAGUUCAUGGUCCUCGAGUAACAGUUUGAUGUAACAUUUAGUAUACCGAUAGGGGGUGCUACCUGCACGUAUCUGUUCUAUGUAUCCUCCAAAUAUGCCACCCCAGGGUGUAUACCAUAUGCAACAGGAAUAUAUGGUGGUGGUAUUUGACUAUAUACUCCUCUCCUGCUCUCCCUGAUACCCUGCUGAAGCGCUUGGUCUAUAGAAUCACCUGUCCUCAUGACUUGGGCACUUUGUCAAAAGCUCAAAUGUUAGAUUCCUGGAGAAAUGUUUUGUCCCAGAAAAUUCCUGUUGUUCUUCACCUGUGAGACAUUUUGGGGAAAGGGAAGCUCCGAAGAGUCUUGCAAAUAUUGAAGGCUCAGUCCUUCAAAUGGUCUAAGAGACGCUGAAGGUAUUUCUGGCCCUACCUUCUCUGACUGGGGUGGAGACUCUCAGAUUGCUGUAGAACUGUUUGGAGCUACUGUCCCCUAACUACGUGCAGGGAAUGAGCAGGUGCAGGGAAGGUUUAGAGCCAAUCUGUUAGGUACAAAUGAAGUUCCUGAUUUUCCUAGUAAAGUCCGGCAGUACUGGGACUUGACAGAAUGAAGCCUGAAACCUGGAACUGGUAGGCAAAGCCCAUCACCUCUGGUGGCAGAAGCAUCCCUUUGUUCAGAGGCUUUGGAGAAAAGCCUUCUGGGUGGCAAUCAGUGGAGAAAGCACCCUGUCUUUCCCCUUGGUGUUGGGGUUGAACUACCUGAAGAUCAGUGGUGACUGUUGCAAAACGAAACUGUGAGACUCAACCAAUUUGGAGCCUCCUUGUUCCUGGCACUUCUUCCAGAAUUCUGUAAAGUGCCCAUGAAAGACAGGGAGUUGGUGGGAACGUGGCUCGAGAGAAAAAAAGUUCUUUUCAUAGUCAAGGCCCUCUCAGAGUGUCACUCUUCAGAAGAAAGGGCUUACACUCUUCCAUCGUGUCUGUUUGAUUGCCUUCCAUCAUGCACCCAGGACAAACCGUGCAUGUAUGCCUUCCAUUUCAGCCAGAUGACACUUGUGGCAGUGAAAGGACAAGAUGAACCGAGCAAAUGAAGCCAGUGAGGACAAGAGAAGAGGAGAAGAGAGGAUCCUAGAGAGAGGAAAGAAAGAUACAAGAAAAUCUGCUAUCUUAGGGCACUUCAGGUUGUAUGUGGGGAACUCUCUUUGAUGAGGCCUUUUUAAAAUGCCCUGACUCCAUGGCCCAGGGUAGAGAAAUCCACUUUUACCUAAGUUUUGCUCUGAGGCCGACAGUAUAGGAUAUAUCAGGUGACUAUAAUUUUGCAGGCCCUAAACAGCAUCUUGAAAAGUACCACACACAUGGCUCAUCAAAGGCCCAUUGUAGCUAUGAAUGAUGGGAAAUGACCAACCCCAGACUCAUUCCAGCUACAGGCCCAAAUAACUCAGAAGUGGGUUUAAAACUCCUUCUCAUUUCCACCAGCACCCCCUCAUUUUCCUAACGUCACAGCCUUCCACAAACAAAUGGAGCAUUCUGCUAUCCAACCUUUAGCCCUUCUUGGCCAUCUCUCAGUCCUUCUCAGCCCCUCCUCUGCCUAGCCUCUCUCCCACCUAGCAGGAGCUGGGAUUGAAUCAUUCAGUCAUUGCUCAUGACCAACAGUGAGGGAAGGAUGUAAUGAGAGCAUAAAGUAUGCUACAAGCUUAGAGAAGUAAGCAGAAACGAUAAAAAAAGGAAAAAAGGUUCUUUUUGCUCCAGAAAGAGAAAGAAGUAACUUAGGGAAUUCGAUAGGUUGGGAAUGGGAAGAUGGAAAAAAAUGAGACUAAGUUGGUGAGUAUGGGAAGAUUUGUACUUCUGCUUUCCUUCCAAGUAUCACUAGGCCCCUAACCGAGUGAAGGAGGAAGCCUUCCUAUUAUAUAUACUUCCAUGGUUAGUGGAUCCCCAUGCAGCAGGCGGGGUCCUGGCCUCUCCAGCCUCUUUGGCAUAUUAGCAUAUCCCCUGCCCCCUGAAACCAAGUGCUAACCCCCUUCAUGUAAACAAUAGGGGUGGAGUUAUAAUGUGAUAGUCACACUGAAUGGCCCAUUUCUGUCAAGAAACUUCACUGUCAGGAUGUCUCAGAGGCAGAGAUGACAGCCGUGGUGUGGCUUGUGACCUGCUGUGGGUUCAGGAGACUCGCCACUCUACGACCUAGACUACAAGAUAUUACAGUUGCACUGAUGGCUUGCAGCUACAGGAAGAACACAGUUGAUUUUGCCUCCAGCUUCAGGACUUACGUUCAUGCUCAGUCCUACCCCACAGAUGAGCUUGUUAUUCAGGCCAUCUGCUCAGCACCAGUCCUGUCCUGACCAUCUGAGAAGGAAGGAAGGAAGGAAGGAAGGAAGGAAGGAAGGAAGGAAGAUGAGUGAGCUCAGCAGGCAUAUUUUUACUUCUCCUCUUCUCUAGUUUUCUGUUGUGUCACUGCAGUGUGUCUGGGGACAAAGCCAUAAGAACAGCAUAUCUACUUAAAAUUCUGCUGUACAUAUAUAUAAGACGAUGAUGACUCAUCUGGAUUCAAGAAUGACCUUAUGCCCAAGCAUUUGCUCUGGUGCUGAAUAGUGCAAACUACUGGAAUCACCCUGCCCCCACCAGCAAAACUCCUAAACCCUCUUCCCUGCGCCCAAAUGGAUCACAGUAUUCCCAACUUGUUUAUAAAUAAAGGGACGCAGAGUCACA